AAAAAAAGAAAAUAAUUACACGAAGUACGGAAUCUGUGCGUUUUCCAUCGUUCUUGUAGUUACACCGUCAUAAGCUGCCGUUGAAGCUGUGUAAUGUCUGUAAACGGAACAACGAACGGUACGAAUACGAAUGGAAUCAAACCAUUCCCUAUCAGAGGGGAUAGGACCAACUUUGUGAACUUACCUCACGUGAUUGCCAUGGUCGGCUUACCUGCUCGGGGCAAAACUUACAUUGGAAGGAAACUGACGCGUUAUCUAAAUUGGAUCGGUAUCAAAACUAAAGUUUUCAACGUUGGUGAGUAUAGAAGGCAAGCGACCAACGCUACAAACCACCUGUUCUUUCGAUCUGAUAAUGAAGAAGGUGUAACUGUUCGAAAGUGAGUUGAUAGUCAUCGUAAUAAUGA